AAACAACUAGCAAGAUCAGCAUGUCGUGUCUGGUGUGUGAGACCGAUGCACACGGUCAGCACUUUGGUAUCCGAUGUUGUCGGGCGUGUGCAGCAUUUUUUAGAAGAACUCUUACAAUGAACCUUAGGUACAAAUGCCGAUUUGAUCGAAAAUGCGAAGUUUCAUUUAAUAAAAGGUACUCCUGCAGAUGUUGUCGUUAUGAAAAAUGUGUUCGAGUAGGAAUGCGAAAAGACAAUCUCACAUCCCCUGUUUCAGUGGUACAAAACAAAUCGGAGACCGAGAAGGACUCGUCUGGAAAUGAGACUGACAGCAUUGGACAUUCUCCGCAUUCUUCCCUGGAAUCUUACACGUGUCGACCGCCGAGUUUCGAGCAGCAGCAGCAGAACCAGAAUCCAGAUCCUCCGUUAUUAAUGGGCAAUAAUGGAACGUUUGUGCAGGAGGUUGCGUCGGACGCCUAUCAACCGAAUAGCGAUAUGCAUCAGCUAAACUUUUCGUUUCACAGAACUGUCAUUGAAGAGGUGGGUCGAGCGGUAAUGCCAACUCCUCCAUUCCAACAACCACCAAUUCAUAUUCCGCAACCUUUCGACUAUCAAUACACAGAUUUGUUGAGCACAGACGAGCAGAAUUCAUCGGCCAUCCCCUCUUCGUUUACACAAUAUAACCAAGUACCUCAAGAAUACAAUAAUGAAUCUGGAAAUCAGAAUCAAAUGUUUGCCAUGGCCGCACAACAAGCAACCCAGGAUCUUCAUGUGAAUGUGCAAAAUGUUUUAACGCCGACUAUUGAUGCAAUGUUUGGACAGCCUCCUGACGCAUUCUGUCAACUUCCGGACAUUCCACUGACCCUCUGUCAGCAGGCUUUACUGGCUUACAGAGAACAUAAUAAACAAUGGCCAGAUCAAGACAAGAUGAUUGAAAACGUGCCUCUCGAUAUGGAAAAUUUCAUGCGCAAUCAUUACAUUGAAAUUGAGCACAUUGCACGAUUCUGUAUGUCUAUUCGAGUUUUCGCCCAACUUCCAAAGGAUCAGAAGUGGAUUAUCUUCAAGCACUUUUGGACGAGGUUCUAUGAAUUAGAUAGAUGUUUUGCAACUUGCCAACGACUCGGCUAUAACCUCACUGACGAGAGGGGGCUCACGCUGAAUGGUCAGAUUAUCAAUUUUGGAAUAUCUGUUGUGAAACUAGAGAAUAUUAGUGAUAUGGAUGCUACACAAGUUAGAAAUUUCCUAAAAGGAAGUAUGGAUAAGUUCCGAUUGAUCUUUAUCAACCCGUUCAAAAAGUUGCAACCAACCGAGUAUGAGCUCAUGUACAUGAUGAUGAGCAUAAUGUGGAGUGUAUCAAACCUCCCUGGAAUCACUGAUGCUACUAGGGAUAUAUCUGAAAAGGUUGAGCUUCGGUUAGCUGAAGAUCUCCAUACUUAUUAUGCUGAACAGUAUGACAACAACAAUCCAAACUACGCUGGUAGAAUAACACGGCUAAGUAGCAUUGCCUCCGCUGUUGAUGAGAUCACUGAACGAAAAAGGGAGGAUAGUCAGGUGUCCAAGACGUUCAACAUUUUCAAGAACGAUUUCUUCUUCAGCGAUCUCACCGAUUUCCCAGUCUGAUCUUUUUCUUGUUGUCCAUAGUUUUAUUCACUGACUUUCAGUGUCUCAAUUAGGUUGACAAGUGCUCUCGUAACUUUAAAUCUCCGAUGAUUUUGAAAUAUCUAAAAUCUAAAUCCAGUUAUCACCAGUCAUUCAAUUUAUGUGUAUUAUAAAGUGCCUAAAAAUGUGAAUCUUCAUUUUUCGGCACGUCGUCACCUCUGACAAAACUCAUCUUUGUAGUAUAGGAAACAAAAAUGUACUUGAUUUCAUUUAAAAAUCCCAAGGUCUUUAUCUACAGCCCCUCCAAAAUUUUCAAUUUUUUUCACUAUCUGUUUUUCCCUUGCUCCACCUCCUUAAACGUAUCCCGUAAUCAAAAUCUAUAAUCUAUCAUAUUGUAUUCUCCAGCAACAAAUGCAACCAAAUGUAUUAAAAAUGUUUAAAAAUUUAUAAAGAUUAUUGUCACACU